UAUAGUGAAUGCGGGGUCCAGGGAGACCAGAUAUAGUGAAUGCAGGGUCCGGGGAGACCAGAUAUAGUGAAUGCAGGGUCCGGGGAGACCAGAUAUAGUGAAUGCAGGGUCCGGGGAGACCAGAUAUAGUGAAUGCGGGGUCCGGGGAGACCAGAUAUAGUGAAUGCAGGGUCCGGGGAGACCAGAUAUAGUGAAUGCGGGGUCCGGGGAGACCAGAUAUAGUGAAUGCAGGGUCUGGCGAGACCGGAUAUAGUGAAUGCAGGGUCCGGGAGACCAGAUAUAGUGAAUGCAGGGUCCGGGAGACCAGAUAUAGUGAAUGCAGGGUCCGGGGAGACCAGAUAUCGUGAAUGCAGGGU